AGCGGGCACCGAGUCGUCUGGCAAGACAGUGGGCUCCGAGUCAACAGGCACGACAGUGGGCACCGGGUCAUCAGGUAUCGGAUUGUCUGGCUCGACAGCGGGCAUCGGGUCACCAGGUAUGACAGCGGGCACUGGGUCACCAGGCAUCAGGUCAUUUGGCUUGCCAGCGGGCACCGCGUCAUCUGGCAAGGCAGUGGGCACCGGGUCACCAGGUACCGGAUCAUCUGGAUCAACAGCGGGCAUCGAGUCAACUGGCCUAAUAGGAUCGUCGGGCUGGAUCAGUUCAUCAUGCUGAGUAGCGGCAUCAGGCUGAAUGCAGGCAUCAGGCAU